UUCGGCGCAAGGACAGCAAAGAGUCGAGACCUAGUCGAGUGUUUUGCUCUCAAAGAUCGGGAAUUUCUGGAUUCUUCGUCUGACAUUCAAAAGUCUUUUGUUAUAAAUUCUUUUGAUGUGCUUUUAUAAAAGAAUCAUGCGGAAACCCGAUGCUCGCGGAAACCCGAUGCAUGCGGAAACACACGCGAUGCCCAGGUGCGACUCGUUUUGAAGGCUCAUCCGCAGACGACUAACAGUGGCGCAAACAUUACCGCUUAUCCUUCUCUUUGCCCGCGUGUCCUCCGUCGCGAGGGAUCCUACGAUAAGGCUAAAGGUCCAAUAUUUUUGUUGGGAAUCUGUGACGUUUCUGGCUAGAUGGAAAAACCAAAACGAAUCAGAGAGAAGUGCUUCUUCCUCUUCAUUGUUGUCCUCAUCUUCAUGCUCUGCGUCACGGUGAGAACACCCAGGACAGGCAGAAUAAUCCCACUGCCGCACCGGGCUCCGAACACUUGCCCCUGGCAAAUCUCUGAGCAAAGCAUCACCCCGCUCAACAACACCAAGCACUUGCUGGUGUCGGCCUACAUGGACCAGAGAGUGAAUGGCUUGGACGUACGCAUCAUUGGAAUAUUCAAGAGAGACUCCAUCCAAAAUCUGCACUGUGUUUUCUGCUGUGCAGGCCAGUUAUCAAAUACAACUCCUGGAACAAUUUUACAACACUCGGACAACUUUGGUUUCCCCUACGUCACUACGGAUGUCAUGUGUCAGAUUCCCCAAAACUGCAACACCAAGCAUGUCAAUCUCUUGACUCAGCCAGGAGAAGACCGGCUAGUUGACCAACCCUGGCUUCCUAUAAGAAAUAAGAGAUCCAAUGGGAAGGAGAAAGAGAAGUUGCAGUUUAACUUCACAGUUUGCAUCUCCAACCUGUUUGGAAACUACAACAACGUGCUUCAGUUUGCACAGACCCUGGAGAUGUACAGGUUACUGGGUGUGGACAGGGUGGUGAUCUAUAACACCACCUGCGGCCCCGAUCUCGAUCGCCUGCUGCAGAUCUACAGCAAGGAGGGCUUCGUGGAGAUGGUGCCCUGGCCCAUCGACCAGCACCUGAAUCCAUCGCCUGGUUGGCUCUUCUCACAGAGCGGAGGGGACGUGCACUACUUCGGCCAGUUGACCACACUUAAUGAAUGUAUUUACAGAUCCAUGGACCGCUCACGCUACGUGCUGUUGAACGACAUCGACGAGAUCAUAAUGCCUUACAAACACAACAACCUCACAUCUCUGAUGGACGUCCUUCAACAACAGCAUCCAAAUAAGGGGGUGUUCCUCAUUGAGAACCAUAUAUUUCCCAAGAAACCCUUUAAUGAAAGUAAAUGGGGUCCCCUGCCUCGUUGGAGAGGGGUGCCAGGCUUUAAUAUCCUAGAUCGGAUCUACAAGGAAGAGCCUGACAGAACUAUUUACCACCCCCACAAGAUGAUCGUUCAGCCAAGGAUGGUGCAGCAGACCUCGGUACAUGAAGUGCUCAAGAUGAUUGGACAGAUGUUUAAGGUUCCCCCAGAUGUGUGUCGAAUCAUUCACUCCCCAAUCAGUACCCCGACACAACGACCGCUGGAGCAGCUUCACGUUGACACCCGAUUGAGAGACUUCACAGAACAACUGCUCCCCGGAUUGAAUAAGGUGCUGAGGGAAGCGGGCCUGCUGAUUUGAGAGAGGCAGAGAUGAUGCAUUAGAUGAACCGACAUUAUCUACAUCAUCACAAAACGUUGUGGCCUCAUGGCAAGGUCUGAUUGGCUGCAUCAUGUAAUGUUGUUUUAGAACGUGCAUCUUUUGUUCCCGCUGGACAAGAGGCCCUAUCAGCCGCAGAAUCCUGAACAGAGCUAGAAAAAAAAAAUCAAAACAUGGCAAAUUUGGCUAAAAAAAAAUAAAUGUGUAGCAGUAUGCAAAUAGGAUUGUCCUGCUACAGUUAACUGCGCCUGCCGACCACUAGGGCGGCGGUAGUAUAUAAAGGCUGCCCCCCUUCUCGCGCCCCACUGAUGCAUCAUUUCCGGGUCAGGUGACUGUCUGCGCAGAGUAGCGACAAAGUACUCCGUGCACCGUGCUCCUUUUUGCUCUUUGGUCCUCUCAACCGGUGGUAGAUGUCUUCCUGCCAUGUGGGUCUUUCUCUCCUUCCCUUUCCCUGUGCAGGUUUGACCUGGGAAACAGGGAAUGCUCAUCAGCUGGCCGAAAUCCACAGGUGGUGAUUGAUGUGACAGCACUAUCAGUUGAUUGGGGCCACUGCUGCUUUUCCUGCUGCUUUGACUGCUGCUAAAUGCAACUUUGCCUGCUGCUACAUGCAGCUUAGUCUGCUGCUACAUGUAACCUUGUCGGUAACUGUCUGCACUGUUAAAUGCUGCUAAGUGCACAGUUUGGUCUCCGCCGCGACGUACCUAGCGUGGCUAUUGCCGGCACCAGACUUGGACCUGUGUAGUUCUUUGAUUCUAGCUGACUGAGGAGUUCAUCUUUUAGUUUGUAUUUCUUUUGGUUUGUUUUCCUUAUUUUGGUUUUGUUUGGAUUACGUGAAUUGUUUGAUUAGGAUGAUUUUUAUGUGAACUAUUUUCUUUUUCGGUUUCGUGUUGUACAUUUUGGGUUUAAUUCUCUUGUAAACUUUUUUUGGUUAUCCUUCCUAGCGGCUGUAGGCUGGUGGUGGCGCCGGUGGUGUGGGUGGUGGUGGUCUUCCUCGUGUGUCGUGUCCUAUUGGAUUUUUGUGCUAUCACUGGGUGAACUCUGGUUUGUUUUCCUUAGCGAUUAGUUUUCUUUUCUUAUUUUGUGAUGAAUGUUAGAUUUUAUGGUAAUGUAUAGUUAUUGAAUAAAAAUGCUUUUGUAAACUGGGAA